AUGAUUAUUAAUAAUAAUAUUAAUUUUAUAGGAUUAAAAUUAAAUAUUUUAAAUCCUAAACAAAUAAUAAAAUGGUCUUCAUUAUUUUAUGAUAAUAAAGUUAUUAUAGGAGAAGUAUUAAUACCUAAUACUAUAAAUUUUAAUACAGGAUUGCCAAUUUUAAAUGGAUUAUUUUGUGAGAAAAUAUUUGAUUAUAUGUAUAUAUGGAAUUGUAAUUGUAAUAAUAAAAUGUAUAAUAUAAAUAAUUUUUCAUAUUUUUUAUAUUGUUCAUAUUGUAAAAAUAAAUUAAAAAUUAAUAUUAAUAGAAAAUACAAGUUAGGAUUUAUAUUUUUAAAUAUACCUAUUUUACAUUUAUGGUAUUUAACUGGACCUUUAAAAAUAGCUUCUUUAUUAUUAAAUAAAAAUAUUAAUUAUUUAAAAUUUUUAAUUUAUUAUAAAUAUUUCUUUAAUAAUAUAAAAUAUAAACAAUAUUUUAAUUAUAAUAAAUUUUUUUUUAAUUUUAAUUUUUAUAAAAAAAAAUAUAAUAAUAUAAUUCAAUAUUUAUUUUCUCAUAAUAUUUUAUAUAAAAAAUUAAAAAAAUUAAAUUUAUUAACAGAAUUAUUAAAUAAUAAAGAAUUAUUAUUAAUUAAUAUAAAAAAUAAAAAUAAUAUAUAUAAAAAAAUAAACAUAUUAAAUUUAUUAAUUAUUAAUAAUAUAAAACCUAAUUGGAUUUUUUUAGAUUUAUUACCCAUAUUACCUGCUGGAUUAAGACCUUAUUUUUUUAUAAAUAAUAAUACUUAUAUAAUAUCUACUAUAAAUGAAAAUUAUAGAUUAAUAAUUUUAAAAAAUAAUAAAUUAAAAUAUUGGUUAUAUUUACGUAAUAAUAUUUUUUUUAUUUUUGAAAUUAUAGAAAAACGUUUAUUACAACAAUUAAUUGAUUAUUUAUUAAAUAAUAAAUUAAUUUUAAAAAAUAAUAACACAUUUUUUAAUUUUAAUAAAAUAUUUCAAGGAAAAUAUAGUACUAUUAAAUAUAAUUUAUUAGGUAAAAGAGUAGAUUUUUCAGGUAGAUCUGUUAUUACUGUAAGUCCUAAUAUAAUAUAUGGUAAUAUUGGAUUACCUUAUUAUAUAAGUAUAAAUUUAUAUAAACCUUUUUUAAUAAAUAUUUUAAAAUAUAAUAUUAAAUUAAAUAUUAUAUUUAAAAGUUUAUUAAUAAAUAAAAAUUUAUUUAUAAUUCAAAAAUUUUUAAAUAAAUUAUUACAAAAUCAAUCUAUUAUUGUUAAUAGAGCUCCUACAUUACAUAGAAUGAAUUUACAAUCUUUUAAACCUAUUUUAACAGAAGGAUAUUCAAUUAAAUUUUAUCCUUUAGGAUGUUCAAGUUUUAAUGCAGAUUUUGAUGGAGAUCAAAUGUCAAUUUUUUUACCAUUAAUAAAAACAUCAAAAUUUGAAUCUAAUUUAAAUUUAAAUUUUGAUAAAAAUAUAAUUUCACCUUCUAAUAAUAAAAAUUUAUUUAAAAAUUUACAAUAUUAUAAAUUAGGAAUUAAUACAUUAUUAUUUUUAAAUUAUAAUAAAUUAUUUAAUGUUUUUUAUUUUAAUUCAAUUGAAAAAAUUUAUGAAUAUUAUAAUAAUAAUGUAUUAUCAUUAUUUAAUAUAAUUUGGAUAAAAUAUAUAAAUAAUAAUAACAUAUUUUAUAUAUUAACUACAGUUAAUAGAAUAAUUAUAAAUUUAUAUAUAUAUAUAUAUUAA